GGAAGUAGCCGAUGGGGGUGCUGAAAGUGCUGGUAAUUUUAUCCUCUUUGAUGAGGGUUAACAUCGUACUGCACCGUUCCUCUUGCCGUUUUCAGGGGAUCAUGACAAUUUCUAACAAUGGAAUAGUGACCCCUCGUUCGAUCUCAGACGACAUUUGAUUGAACCAUUUUCCGUUUGAAUAACCCCGAAAAAAUGGACCAGGAGUUUGAGAACAUCGAUUCAUCUGGACAGUGGCAAAACCUUUAUAAUGAAAUCCGUAACCAGUCCCAGGAGUGUGCCUGCAAAGUGGCAAAGUUCCCAGAAAAUCACAAUAGGAAUAGAUAUAGAGACGUCAGUCCCUAUGAUCACAGUCGGGUGAGAUUAGAAAAUUCAGAAAAUGACUACAUAAAUGCGAGCCUAAUUACCGUGGAUGAGGCCCAGAGAAGGUACAUAUUGACACAGGGUCCCCUGAGGAACACUUGUGGUCACUUCUGGCUAAUGAUUUGGGAACAACGUUCCAAAGCAAUUAUUAUGCUUAACAGAGUUAUAGAAAAAGGCUCGGAAAAGUGUGCGCAGUACUGGCCAUCAAAGGAGGAGCGAGACAUGGACUUCAGUGACACUGGGUUUAUGGUGACUCUGGUGUCUGAAGAUGUCGAACCCAAUUACACAAUAAGACUAUUAGAACUUCAAAAUGACAAGACAGGAGAAACCAGAGAGAUCUACCAUUUUCAUUACACAACGUGGCCUGAUUUUGGUGUACCAGAGUCCCCAGCAUCAUUCCUCAACUUCCUUUUCAAGGUUCGAGAGUCUGGCUCUUUGGGGCCAGAGAACGGACCUGCGGUGGUUCACUGCAGUGCAGGAAUAGGGCGGUCUGGGACCUUCUCAUUGGUUGACACCUGCCUUGUCUUGAUGGACACGAGGAAAGACCCUUUGUCUGUAGACAUACAAAAGGUUUUGUUAGAUAUGAGAGAGUAUCGAAUGGGUCUUAUCCAAACCCCAGAUCAGCUUCGUUUUUCAUACAUGGCAGUCAUAGAGGGAGCAAAGAGCAUCCUGAGAGAGUCUACUCUACAAGUAUCAAACAUGCAGAAGCAGCCUAAAGAAUGUCAGGAACCAGAAGCUUAUUUGGUUUCAUCUUCUCAAAGCCCCAUCUGGAGUUCAGAGAAACACAACGGACAGUCUGACUCUUGUACGGAACCACAAGAUCCAGGAAGAGAACGAGACAGGAUAGAGUCACCAAAGGAAGAGCGGCUUACAGAGUCAAAAACAUUAGGCGUACGCAAGCGGAACCGUGAGGAGCGAAUAGCCAGCACAGCACAGAAGGUGCAGCAAAUGAAGCUGAAACUGAGCGAUUCGGAAAAAAAGAAAGAGAACUGGCAGUUCUGGAGACCAAUUCUCCUAAAUGUCGGUGCUGGUGCCGCCGUAGCACUAGGACUGUGCAUGUGCUGGGCCUUUCUGUCCCAGUAAUGCCAUUUUAUCCAACAGAUUCCUCUUUUUGACUUUUAUUUUGCCCAGGGACCCAAAUUAUGGUACUCAUAUUAGUAGGUGCUUGGAUGUUUUUAGAUAAGGGACAACAUGUAGAAUGAUCGUGUUUACAAGCAUUCAAUCCGGGACGUUCUACAUGAUUUAUUGAAUGUUUGUGUCGUGGUUAUUACAGUGUAACGAAUGAUGUAGUUACAUUGUAACUGCUAUUGUAAUUCCAUCAUGGUAAGUUCUCGAGGCCUAGCAACUUUCACUGUACAGUAUUGUGUCUCAGUUUAUCUGUGGAGCAAUGUUAAAUGGUAUGAAAGCUUGUUUCCGCCACGGAAUAAAAAAGAAAAAAGAUAGUUGUGAGUUUAAUGCACAAUUCUGACUUUAUUCCUCAGAAUUGACUAUUUCUCAAAAUUGCAACGUUAAAUUUCGCAAUUCUGACUAUUGUGAGUUUAUAUUCCAAUUCUGAGAAAAAAGGGCAGUAUGCUGGAUUUAAUCUUUAUCAGAAUUGUGGCUAUUUCUUAAAAUUGAUCACAUUUCUGGCUUUUUCAGAAAAGUCAAUCGUGAGAAAAAAAUUUCUCAGAAUUGCUACUUUAAAUCUCGCAAUUCUGACUUUAUAACUCACUAUUUUUAUAUCACAAUUCUGAGAAUUGUGAGAUAAAAUUUUGCAAUUGCAAGGAAAAAGUCAUUUGCCAGACAUAAACUUGCAAUUGCAAGUUCUAAAGUCAGAAUUGCGGGAUAUAAAAGUCGCUUUUUCACUUUUUUAUUCCCUGCCAGAAACAAGCUUCCAUAAAAUAGAUCCCCACCGGUCCAACUGAGUCAGUUUAUUAAAUGCUUCUGUCUUCAAGUUUCCACAUGGAUAUUCAUAGGGUGACUCAUUUGUUUCAGUAGGUCAAAGCCCAGUGAGUUUCCGUACAUGCACAUCUCAGGAUCUUCUAGUAAUAAACUGACUGUAGAUUCAGCCAAAUGUAAUAAGUGGUCUGGUUUCCACUUUCAAAAUGUACAUAGUAAACUCUUUACUAAAGAAGAAAUAUUGCUGUUUAUUUGUCUCAGGCAUGCUUCUCUCAUAUGAUCGAUGGACGUGGGGAGAAAAACUGAUGUAUGAGUGCGAAUAAAUGCAGUUUGUGAUAGAUUUCACAUGAUUUCA